GCGACGGGCGACAACGACACCGCGGCGGCGACACACACGCACGCAGUAGCCACAGCGUUCAGUAACAGCUGCGCGCCGACCGCCGACGGUCACACGACGUCCGCCGUCACAAAUUCGCCGCCGCCGCCGCCGCAAUCAUGUCGGCCGUGUACGCGUUUCGUACGAUCGACGUCGUCCUGUUUGUCGCGUGUUCCUGUACGUUUUUCGGCGAGUUUCACAAGACGUCCGCCGCCAUACCGCCGCCUUACGGUCAGACGUAUCAAGACGACGAAAAAGAGUUUAUAAUCGAUCAGUUGGCAAAAAUUAUCAAGGAUCAAAGCUAUAGGAUGCGGAAUAAUCUUCAGGACUCGUAUCCGAUUCCCCUCGAUCAGAUAGACGAUAAUAAACAGUCGUUCACAUACGACCUGGCAUCAAAUCUACCUGAAAUAAAUACAGGCAAUCAGGAAAUACCAUUCGCUGUAUUGCCAAACGAUCGACGUUACCAUCAAACAGAUUUUUCCAGUAAUUUGGUACCACCAGAUCAUGGUCAUGGUCUCCAUAGAUAUCAUAAAAAACUAAGUACCAAAAGCAGUGAAGUACAAGAUAAUUCGUUGCAUGGAUCAAGCGGAUAUGUUACAUCUAAGGUCACAACGGAGAACAUGAGUAGCAGUGAAGUAUCUAUGGAUUUACCGCAGAGUACUUUUAUGCACGUCAUACCAUUUUCGACUCAUUCAAAGUUCAGCCAAGAUGAUUACUAUUUCUUUGCUAAAGCUGCUGGCGUCGGUUUAGCUGUCCUGGUUGUCCUGCUUAUAUCGUCCAUAGCAUGUUACAGAAUGCAAAAGAAUAGCAAGGCAGCUGCGGAUAUAGAGUACCCGGCCUACGGUAUCACUGGACCCAACAAAGAUAUGUCACCUACUGGUGACCGGCGCUUGGCACAGUCCGCCCAAAUGUAUCAUUAUCAACACCAGAAACAACAGAUCAUAGCAAUGGAAACGAACAGUACGGUCAAAGAAAGUCGAUGCGGCUCAGUCAGCGACCCAGACAGCGAUGACGAUAACGAAGAAGGCGAUUAUACAGUUUACGAAUGUCCGGGAUUAGCACCAGCAGGAGAAAUGGAAGUGAAAAAUCCACUGUUCCUGGAUGACAACACGCCGGCAUCUCCCAAUGCUGUUAUAAAUAGUAAAGACAAUACUGCGGGAAAUGGUGUUAUACCAACAGUACCCGUCCCAUAAUAGAUAACUAAUGGCCUACCAUCCUAAAAAUAUUCGUCUAUAGAUACAAAAAAAUUAUCAAAAACGAUAUUUUUUUUUUUUUUUUUUUUAAUUUUAAUUCUUUAUUAUUACCUAUUUAUUUAAAUUAUUAUUUCUUUACCUAUAAGGUAUAUUAGUAUAUUUAUAUAUAUAUAUAUAUAUAUUAUAUACAUAAAUCAAAACAAUUUAUUAUGUGGAAUGGAUAUAAAAGGACGUGAUAAUAUUACAUAAUAUGGAACUGGGACCAUAUACAUGCGCAAUUCUAAAGAACUCGCAUGAUAUCUGACUGAAUUCGUGGAAUAAAGGUCCCCGAAAUUUUUUUUUUAAUUUUGAUUGCUUAUUUUACGUUACCCUUCCCAAACACUUUACAUCAUUAAUAUUCGAAAUUAUAUUUAGUCGAACAUUUUUUUAAAAAUGGAACUGGAUCGAGAGGACGGAAUACGAUGGUAUUACGGAUGACGUCAAAAUUACUACUCCUUAAAACUGACUAUGUUUUGAACGAUACUUUUUAACAUACAUCGCUGUCUAUAAUUAGUGUACAUCCGUCUAGUAGACACGUAAUUUAAAUUUAAAUCCAUAGAUAUUUUGUUAACUUCAUAAAUUAUCGAGUAUCCGAUUUUAAACGUUUGAAACAAUAAUGUUUUAUAUUUUUCAGAACAUCCGGAAUUUCUUAUCGAACGUGACAAUAGUGAGUUAUUUUUGUUGUUUUUAUUCAAACAAAAAAAAAAAAAAAAUUAAGUACAUUACGAUUUACCCAAAAACCGAUGAGCUUAAAAUUACCACUGAAAACCGUUAUUUAUUUUGUUACAGUUUUAAAUAUAUUUACGAAAAACUUAUACCAUAUUUAAACAAACAAUUAUUAGAAAAAAUAUAUAAUUAAUUAUACACGUAUCCUAUUCCUGAUUUUAUGUAAUAUUUACAACAAGUCCAUGUUUUUUACCUAAGUGCGCACUAAAUUAACGAUAUUCUUCUAUACAUUUCAAAUGGGUUAUUACAAUACAUCUAAUAAAGGUAGAAAAUAUUUUAUAGGAAAAGAUAAUAAGAUAUUUAAAAUUUACAAAUCGUUUUAAUUUCGUACUAUACGCAUAUAUAUAUAUAUAUAUAUAUAUUAUAUACACCACAGGCACGUAAAUAUUCUGCAUACGAAUAUAUAUAUCAUAUUAUUCGGAAAUACUGUUUUAAAUAUAUAUUAUAUUAAUCAUAUUUUACCCGUUAACUAUAUUAUAUUUUAAAUGUCUAAUUAUUUUGUUAUUAUUUUGUUCGUACAAUAGAAUAUGUUAGUUUUAGUACCAAUGUUAAUUAAUAUUAGUCAAUUCAUUAUUGUUUUUAUUUUAAAGUCUUCCAAAUGUAUUAGACCACUCAAACUCUUCCGCUCGAUAUGUAUAUAGUGAUAUUACACAUAAAUAUUAUACUAUAAAGGUCAAUGCUAUAUACUACAUACAUACAUACAUAAAUAUGUAUACAUAUAUUUAUUAUAUAGUAUAUCCUAGAUAUAAACUAUAUUUUAGGUCGGUCCAAUUGUUAAAAAAUAUUUUUGAGCAGAUUUUUUAUGUGAACAAUAUUAUUAUUCGUUUAAACCAGAAUUUUAUAAUGAUGUAGGUACAAUAUUACAAUACGUCAAUACCAUAUAUAUACAUACAUACUGAUAAAUAGUUAGAAUGUAAUUUGUGUAUGAAAUUGGGUAAAGCCGUUAAGUUGUGAUAGAAAAGGGCCCAGUAGAAAUGUAUGGAAUAAAAUACGUUGUUUUAUGAUGAGAAAGUAUUUAUACACGUCUACUUGGAUAAUUAGUUCAUUUUUUCAAAUUUACGAACCGUUACAAAAAAAAAACAGUAUUUAAAAAUAAGCUCAAGUUUGGGUACCCGUCUUAAUGUUAUUAAUAAUAUCAACCGAGAGAAAUAAUUAAAAUAUAACUUUAAAACGCGUAGGUAUACUGAAAUCUUGUCUCAGCUUUAUCGCGGUCGUUAAAUUACCAAAUACAAACUAUUAGAAAAUCAAGAGAUGAAUAAUAUACACCUAACUGCGGUAGACUCACGAUGUACAACAAUUAUUCAAGUUUGUAAAUUAAAAAUUUUCAAACGUAUCGAGCGAGAUAGUUUUAGAUCAUAUAAUAAUAUUAUACCGUACUAUAUUGUAUAAGUAAUCGUACAACUUACUUUAAUGCCCAGGUAUUUAAAUUUGAAGUGGUUGUCAAUUCAAAUGUUUUGGAAACCCUAUCAAUUAACAUGCUACAUAAUUUGUAAGUUAAGCUAAGUCAAUUUAUUUAUGGUAAUUCGUAAUAUAUAUAUAUAUAAUUCAUCAUGAUUAUAAUUAUUAUUAUCAUUGCAGGUAUACUAUUAAUAUUAUAUUGUUAACAGAGUUUGAAAUAUUUUAACUAAAAGGAAAAUCUAUCAAAUACACCAUUAUCAUUACUGUAAUAACUA